ACUUUACUCUGAAAUAUGAGAACGGACGAUUGGCUCAGAUAGAAGACGAAGAUUGGAUUAUUUUGGUGCCAUUUAAACGCAAUAAGAUAGUCUUUCGAGCAGCUGUUGGGUAAGACAGUUGUCACUCCGGACUAAAAGUGGCGAUUGGUGGAGAGGUUGGCGAAGGCGCGUUACGUGUAGGCGGGACGAUUCCCCAUCCCUUGCUCCCACGGUUCCUCCGGCCUUGCUUUCUACUGGGUAGGCCGCGCUGUGGUGGUUGAGGCGGCGGCGGCGGGGAUGGCGGUGGCUGUGCGUGCUCUGCAGGAGCAGCUUGAGAAGGCGAAAGAGAGUCUCAAGCACGUCGAUGAGAAUAUCCGCAAACUCACCGGGCGAGAUCCCAAUGAUGUGCGUCCUGCUCAAGGUAGAUUGCUUGCCCUCACAGGCCCUGGUGGAGGUAGGGGUCGUGGAAGUAUAUUGCUGAGGCGUGGAUUCUCGGAUAGCGGAGGAGGACCUCCAGCCAAACAGAGGGAUUUGGAAGGGGCGACCAAUAGGUGGGUAAUAAAGAGUGGAUUUGAAACUAACUUGAAACUAACCUACGUUUGCCUGCUCGUUAUCGAUUCACAGAAGCUUACAGUAUGCAAAAAUACUCACACACAACAACAGGAAGCUAUCCUAAACAAUAUACAUUUAAAACCAAGUUAG